AUGAGCUCUGCUGCCGAAGCCCCUGUGCCAGUUCCGCUCUGCUUUCAGCUGAAUGGCUCCUGCCACAAAGCCCUGCAUCCUACAGGGGUCCAGUUCACCAUCGACCUAGUCUGUGCCAUGGGCAUGCUAUUGACAGUGCUGGGGAACCUGCUGGUGGCGAUUUCCAUCCUCCACUUCAAAGUACUUCACACCCCCACCAAUUUCUUGCUCCUCUCCCUGGCACUGGCAGAUCUUCACCGGGGCCUCACAUUGCUUCCCUUUAGCAUAGUCUGCUCGGUGGAGAGCCGCUGGUAUUUUGGUGAUGCCUUUUGCUGACUCCAUACUUUCCUGGACACGCUGUUUUGCUUGACCUUCAUUUUCCACCUUUGUUUUAUCUCCAUCGACCGCCACUGCACUAUCUGCUGCCCGUUGCUCUACCCCACUAAAUUCACCACCCGGGUCGCUUGCAUCUACAUCGCGUGGGGGGUGCCUCUGGUUAAAUCUCCGUCUUCCUUUACGCUUAACAUUUACAGCAAAAUGGUGAAGGAAGCGUUAGGUCAGUUCUUGCAGGAUCUGCCCUGCGUUGGUCGCUGCCAGCUUCUGUUCAAUAAGCUCUGGGGCUGGAUCACCUUCCCUCUUUUCUUUUUCCCAUGCCUGCUCAUGAGACUGUAUGUCAAGGUGUUCACUGUAGCCACCAGGCAAGCCAAGCAGAUCAGCAGCUUAAAUAAGGGAGCUGCAGGGUCUGCACAUCCCCUAGGAGCCCUUAAGAGAGAAAGGAAGGCAGCCAAAACACUGGGGAAAGCAAUAGCAAUCUACUGGCUGUGCUGGUUGCUCUUUACCAUUGACACCAUGGUAGACGGCCUGCUCGAUUUCAUUACCCCACCCCUUGUGUUUGAUGUUCUUAUUUGGUUUGCUUACUUUAAUUCUGCCUACAAUCCCUUGAUUUAUGUGUUUUCCUACCGUUGGUUCAGGAAAGCCAUAAAGCUCAUUUUAACUAGGCAGAUCUUCUGUAUAAGUACAUCUACUGUAGACUUGUAUCGAGAGGAAGGAUCCAGUGGCCACCGAGUGCAAACAACGCAAGCUAUGUUUUAG